AUGAAUAGGCAGCAGUUAAACGUAUUGUAUUUGGUCAUUAUUGCGGCAUGCUACAUAUACCACACCGAAGCAGUUACCGGUACUUGUGAUCGUUGGUCUGGUCCGGCUGGAGCUGUGCAUUGCGUUCAGGCUCCAGGUCUUUACUAUGGCUACCAAUGGGCAACCUGUCGUACAAAUACAUAUAUCAAAACCACAUCAAAAGGCAGACACAGUUGUAUAGACAGCACGAGAAUUUACUGUUAUUAUCAAUGUAUGAUUGACGUGUAUGGCAGAGGGAAUGGUUUCGUUUUUCCACUCUGCAAGUGUUCACCAAGUGACCCUGCACCUACUGAAAGUGUUCCACUACCAGCAUGGUGUUACAGUCCUGAUGGAAGAAAAUGUAAUUGGUACAGAGAGUGUCUUAACAAAGUCUACCCCAAAUGUGAAGAUGACAAGGACGAGUAUGCCAUCAAGUUUGCAGAGAAAUUUUGCAAACUUUACGACAAAAACUACAAAGACUUCUCCACAGAAGGUAAGAAAUGGGUCGAUGCUGUCCGGAAAUGCCUCCAAGUUAAACUGGUUCCACUGAUAGAUACAACUCGCGUUAAGACCUGUAAAGAUCUAAAAUCUACAGCUUUCAAAACACACACUCCGUGCUAUCUAGACCCCGAUCAAUCAUCACUAUCGUACUGUGAUUUAUCUAUAGCAGACCAGAUGACGGUGUUUUGGACGAUUAAAUCUGCCUACAUUGAUGCAUUUGGGUCCAGUUUAAAAGGUAUGCUUGAAGUACUGGCUGGAUGUAUUCAGGCAAAGACUAAAUCACUUGUACAAGAAGUCAAGGCUAAAAUCCAAGAAAGAGUCGAUCAAAUUGAGAAAGCAAUAAAUCCAAUAACGGAUAUAAUCCAAGAAACUGAACUGCGCAUCAAAGUUUGGUUAGAACAUCAAACUCCUCCAAUUCAACUUGACAUUUAUAUCAAUGAGAAGGACUGGGAUAAGGCUUCCAAACGAAGAAAGCGCUCAGUCCCAGAUGAUAGAGAAAUUGUAACAUCGCAAUUUGCAGGAAAGAUCGUGGAUGCAUUGGCAUCGGAGCAAAUGUGGAAAGACAAGGGCGUGGCUUGGUUUGCUUAUGCAAACAAUGAGAUGGCACAUGACAACAAUAUAAUGUCUAUCCGAUUACUUGUAGCAAAUCGUUUUAAAUACGAGGGUUUUGACAACAGCUCAUUGUCCUUACCGAAACAUGCAAACCUGACCGCAACAUUGGUGCAACUGAGCGAAGCUGUUCUGAAUGGAACUCUCAAUUUGACGAUUGAUGGAGAAAGUAUUGAAAUCAUGAAGUUGAAUGGUUGUUUAGAUUGGAAUUGUGAAGAACACGCGUUUAAUAUCACAUCCUUGAAAGUACCCGAAACCAACGAAGAUGAUGUAAAGCCCACAGAUGAUGUAAAGCCCGAAGAUGAUGUAAAGCCCAAAGCAGAUGAAUGCGAUGCUGAGAAAGGGCCGGAUGGAGCUAGACAAUGCGUCAAGCUGUCACGGUACAACGACUACCAAUGGGCUACUUGUCGCACAAAUUUGUAUAUCAACAUAACGACAAACGGCAAGCACUACUGCACAAACCAGUUGCACACAUAUUGCCUCUUCCAGUGUAUGUUGGAUAAGUAUGAAGAAAGCAGUGGUGAUGUUUAUGGCAGCUGCCAGUGUUCCGGAUCACAAAAGAAAACAUAUAUGUUUGCAUAUGUUGUUCUUUUGGCCGCAGUCAGCUUUUUAUUGGUAUUAUAAAUCACUAGAAAACAACUUUUAGAGAGGACUUUUAGUACCAAAUAACUUUCUGCAUGUUAUUACUAUAAUCUUGGUGCACACAAUAUAUUAAGCUAUCAUUACAUUUUUUAGUAUUAAGUUAGGAUUGAGGUUAAGCUAAGCUUAGAAUCCAGGGUUUUGAUUAAGUUUCGAUUAUAAUCAGGUUAUGAUCUAGUUACCAAAUUUAAGGUUAUUUUUCUGGGGGCAGGUGGUGGUUGUGGGGGGGCCCACAGAAAAAUUGUAGUUGGGCAAAUUAUAAACAUGGAAAAAAAGAUGGGGAAAUAAAAUUUUAAAAAAAUUUCCACUCCCCCAAAUUUCUUUUUGCCACCCUCAUCUUUACAUAUGCAAUUACUUAUUAUCAGAAACAAAUCUUUCUUCCCUCCCCCUCUGGAUGGCAGAAAUUUCCUUUGCCCUGCAGAGUGUGUUUGUUUUCUGGAACAACACAUUUUUACUUAUGGUAAUAAUUUUUUUAGGAAUAUGCCUCCUCACCUAACAUGCACAUUUUAGUGCUAUAUAAUUCUAUUAUAUUAUUAUUAUUAUAUUAUAACUAGCAGUAUAGACCAUUGCACUGACAUCACAAAUCCUUUAUAGAGUGUCCUCCAGAUGCUCCCUAACAAUAUCUGUUCGGGUACAACAACCACACACAGUGCAAAAAUUAACCAUUUUAAUACAAAAUUAUUAUGAAGUUUUACAAAAUUUGCUUUGUUUACAAAAGUUAUAUUAUGCAUAGAUUGCUAAUUUGUCCUCCAGAUGCAUCGUCACCGGUGCUGUGAUGUCAUGUGCAAUUAUACCCAAUAACUUAACUCUUUCUCGACAACCGGUUUCGUAUUACAUUUCGAUUCAAUUUUUCUAAUAUAAAUAUCUCGGCGAGUAUUUACCCCCCUUUUAAAUAAAUGCCACCAUUGAAAUCCUCACAAUAUAACCUUUCGAACGGGGGGUCAAUUAAGCACAUGCAAAACAUAAUCGAAAGUAAUAAGCAUCGUAAUAGUUGAUAAUUAUAUAUGUAAUCAGUUUUUAUUUCACAAUCUAAAUGUAAUUCAUGCAUGUCAGUGUAACACAGCAUUAAAAGCACUUCAAUAAAAGCAGCUAUAUAAUCAGCAAAUUUUUUUGUGUGUCAUUUACAGCAGAUACCUUCUCUCUCGCCCAUAUGUGUCAUGUUUUUGUGACAAAAUGUUUAGGAAUGCGACUACAUUCGUACUGUACCAUUUGUAC